GAGGACAUGGCAGGGAACGUGGUCGUGGGUGUGGCAAAGCAGAGUCCAAGGCUAAGGCCAAGGGCCAGCGAAGGUCGUGCGCUUGUGAAAGUGAAAAAGGAGCCGGGCACGGCGGAAGCGGUCGAAGGCUCCGUGGACACCAAGGGCAAGCUAAGCAACUUGGUCGCGCAAGGUAAAGCGGCUGCAAACAAGCUGGCCAAGGUGGUUGCAGGGCAGACGGCGAACCCCGAGGAACUGGAAGCCUCCCUCCCGAGAGGAGCCACCGACAAGCGCAUGGACAUGCUGGCCAGCUGGAAAAGCGAUCGCGGACGAGUCUGGGCCUCCAAAGAGAAGGUCUUGGAGAAGGAGUCGGCAAGCGCAAGGUUGGAGCUCUCAGCCGCCUUUGUCUUAGCUUGA